CUGCCCCCGUGAAACUGCCAAGCAGUUUAACUGCCCGUUCAGUGUUACGUGGGGUUCGCCGCUACCGCCACAAGUGUGAGGGGGUUGCGGCAAAAAGUUCGGCUUGUCGCUUUUUCUAUGGUAGUUCGUUGUUGAAGGCAGAAGUCGACGUGCGUCUAGCCCCAUAAAGGCUUAACAGAAGGCGGUGCCGGUGGUGGCGAUAGCGGUACAGUCUAACGUACCGUGCUGUAAUGAUUGGCUGCGGGCACACGCGGGGGCAAGCGGCGAAAACUGCAGAAGACUUGCAGAAGCUGCCCCACUUGAGACAAUUAGAAUAAAUAGCAUCUAUAUUAUUUAGUACAUGGUAGCGGUGAUGAUGCGGCAAUUCAUAUGUGCCGCUAUAUUAGUGGCUAUGGCAGCGGUUGUUAGUGGACAGGACAGUGAAGUGAUAGCCACAGCAACUGGGCCGAUUCAGGGCAAGAUUCUGGAGUUUGAAGGUAAAAAGGUUGAGACCUUCUUUGGUAUCCCUUACGCGAAGCCGCCCUUAGGGGACCUUCGUUUCAGAAAGCCUGUGCAGGUCGACGCCUGGAGCGAUGUCAUGAUGACGAAGGAGUUCUCAAAGCCCUGCGUACAGGCGACGUAUAUUCACGGCGAAAAUGUAACCAUAGACUACAAAGAUUCAAGCGAAGAUUGUUUGACGAUCAAUGUGUGGAAACCUCAAGGUGGUGCAGAGAAGAAGCCUGUUAUGGUCUUUCUUUAUGGAGGGGCCUUUCAAUAUGGUGACUCAAGCCUGUUUAUGAAUGACGGUCUUCCGUUUUCGGCACUUACGGAUGUGAUCUUUGUGUCGUUUAACUAUCGUGUGGGUGUCUUUGGCUUUUUGAGUACGCGACACAAUGACGCUCCUGGAAACGAAGGCUUCUACGAUCAGUUGCUUGCAUUAAAGUGGGUGAAACAGAACGCGAAUAAAUUUGAAGGUGAUCCUGAAGCAAUAACGCUAUAUGGCCAUAGCGCUGGUGCAUUUUCAGUUGGAUUGCACAUGUAUUCCCCACUGUCAAAGGGCCUCUUCAAGCGAGUGAUCUUCGAGUCAGGUACAGCCCUUUCGCUCGUUACCUUCCAGAUGAAGAACGAAAUCUCUCGUUUUCACACGCUUAUUGGUUUGACCAACUGUAGUCACAGCGUAUAUUCCGAGGAUAAAUACAAAGAAACGAUGGAAUGCCUCCGUAAGGCCGACGCACAUGAUAUGAUCGAUGGAAUCUCCCACCUUGGUCUUUUUGCUGAUAUGUUUCUGCCUAUUUACGACGAUGAGUUCAUCCCAAUUCACCCGCUAAUGCCCGAAGACGUAGAGGUCCUUAACGGUGAGGAGGUUCUUAUAGGCACAGUGACGGAUGAGGGCACUCUAUUCAUUAGUACGCCUCUACAGAAUCUUCUCGCACAGGGAGUCGAUACGGCCAAGACUCAGUACAAAGUGGUUCCGUCGACCAUUUACCCGAGACUGUUUGAUGCACCCUUUGGAGCGAUCUACCAUAAUUUCGAUCAAUACUUUGAGAACGCGCUUGACAGUUACCCCGAUGAAACCGCUUACAAUUUGAUCGGUCAGACGUACGGAGACGCCGUUUUCACCUGUCCAGCGAAUUUGUUCGGUGAGUUUCUGGCUAAACGUGGUCACGCUGUCUAUCGUUACCAGUUUACUCACCGCUCAUCAAUGAAACUAUGGCCAGCAUGGAUGGGUGUCGUGCACGCAACUGAUUUACCAUAUAUGAUUGGCUCGAUGCUAACCCAGGAAAAAAAUCUUGAGGAUCCUCGCUACAAUUACACGCCAGAAUGGUUCCGUAAACACAAAUUCACUGCUGAAGAAGUGAAGUUCUCAAAACAGCUCGUCCGAAUGAUAGGUCAUUUCGUGAAGACCGGCAAACCGACGAUCCCUGACUCGACUGGUGAGUGGCCUCGGUAUUCAGCGGCUAAUCAGAAGUACGUGAACCUAGCGCCCGAAAAUAUAUCCAUCGCGGCUGAUGGACCGAAGAGGGACAAGUGUGAACUAUGGAGACCCUACCUUAUACGAAAAAACGAAACGAUGACAUCGUCGACAUCUACAACCAAGAAGCCGAUUUCUUUUGGGCCCAUGAAGAAGGCUCCACCAAAAUCCACAAAAAAGUCGAAAUUUGCUAAAAGCAACAACUACCGCAAACGACUCGAGGGACGCUACAAGAACGACUCGUUCAGCGCUGUCUUGAGCACAUAUUGGACAUUCUCUAUGAUAAUGCUUAUGGUGACAGCGUUUUCGCUUUAUGUCAGGGCUAGUGCGUGUUAGGAACACUCAUAUGUAGGCUUAGAAAUAAUAGAUGUUUUAACUUGCCAUGAAGAAUGACAUUUACAAGGAGACAGAGGAAAGGACCAUGUUGUACGAACAGGUAUAUCAUUCUUGUGUCGCUCUGCGAGAUAAGUUCGAAAAAAACUGUGAACUCCACAAGCAGGUUAAAGCCCCACUGCUUGCUGAGUUAAAUAGAGAUUUUCGCGUUCAAAAAGUUUACCUAGAACUCAUAUCAGAUGAGCGGCCCCUUGCAUGCCCCGUGGCAUUUAUCCAGUGGUGACAUUUGCCGAAGUCAAAUGCGACGUGACAAAUAAAUCGUGUAGUUCUAAUGAAGUGGGAAUCGCUACGGGUAGUGAUUCUAAUAUGCUCUCUGUAAAUAACGUUUUUCAUAGGACGAGUAUAAUCUUUUGUUUACCGUUGCAUUUCUGUACAUAUUCAAACUUUACGAUGACGAUAUAC